AUGAUUUAUAAUUUUUUAAUCUAUUUAAUGAUAUCUAUUGGUACAUCUAUAGCACAUAAACAACAAAAUAGUUUCUAAUUAUGAUUUUCGCGCGUCUUCUGAAUAUGAGAUACACCGGGGUGAUAAACGGUUUAACAUUAACGUAUAGCAUUUCGAGGCUAAUAAGAGAACGUUGUAAUUUUUCUUAGGUAAGUAGUAGUAAAUGUAGAUGUAUGUACAAGGUGAGAGAAUGGUAGGAUUGCGUGGGUGAAUGAUUGUAUGGUGUCGCAGGUGCAGCAUCAGCCCCAUUGUCACCAGCACUGACUGGGGUCUCUCCUGCCAUGCUUCUUCUCUCUCUGUGCUUUGUAUUCGUGGCCAUCUGAGCCCCCUUCAUGAAGCUUCCAGACGAUCCGGCAUGUUAUGAUCUCCCUUUAUCACGCAUCGCAGCUGUACCGGUAGACUACACGAUGCCGAUAGCUUAUGCGGUUGGCAGUAUCUUGGUGAUCCUGAUGCUCUGUCUGAUCUGCCAUCGUAGAUUGCGCCGGCGAUCACGUAAUAUGCCAAUUAAUGAACUGCCACCAGAGCGAAUUGUUGAUGAUCGGCGCCAUUGUUACCAUCAUCAUGAUCUGCUGCAUCACCAGCAUCAAAAUCACGCAUCAAUGCACAGCUUUAAUCAAUAUCAACUAGAACAGCCAAGUCCAAGCGAAAGUGACGAGGGGGAGGCCGAAGAGCCCGAGCAAGGCGACCAAGAAACUAGCAGUCCUGAUAGUGUAUGAUGCCAAUCAUAGCGUGUUCUAUUUGUAACGUGCAAAUCGUUGUUAUCGUUGUAUACUCAGUAAAAGGAAAAGCUGAGGAUCAGUUGCGUGAAGGCGAAAAUUGAUGCAAUGCUACAUUUACGCGUUUUAUAAUAUUGCAAUGUAAGUUUUCUAUAUUACAACGUCAUAUAUUAAGUUGUGUGUAUGUAUGUGUGUGUGUGUGU